AUGCAGCAAAAUUCAGCCCUGGCACAGCUCAUCUGCAUCCCAAAGCACUGGGCCGUUUCGACCGUCAUGACCCGCCAGAACAAGGUGCCCGUCAACCUGUCGACGUUCGACGAGCUGGACUUUACGCUCGCCCUGAUUCCGCUGUGGGACAUGGCAAACCACGUUACGCCGGACGCUGCCGACAAACGUGCCGCCCUGGUAACCGACACGGCGUACUGCUCCAAGCUGGAGAAGCUGGAAAGCAUCCUGCAGGCGGACUGCCCCAAGUCCGGUGAGCCGAUUUUCAUCAACUACGGCAAGCGGACCGAUGCGGAGUUUCUCGUCCACAAUGGGUUUUCGUUUGCAAAAAAUCCCAACACCCGGAUCGUCAAACUGUUUGCGCUCAACCGGGCCGACACGCUGUACCGCAAGCGUGCCCAACUGUUGGAGCUGCUCGGGGUGCCGACGGUGGGCAAGAUGGAGUUCGGUGCCCAGCAACUAUCGCCCCAGCUGUACGCACUGUCCCGGGUGAGCGUCUUGGGUGAGGACGAGCUCGACUAUUACAUUGACUCAGUCGAACCGGCCACGCGAGAAGAAUUGUGCUGUCCGCGCUUCGAGCCACCGGCCGGAUGUCCUAUCGAGUCCACCGCCGAAGAGCUGCGCCGGCGACAGGGCCAGUGGUUGGCGAGUGCAAUGGAAACCAUUCUACGCCGCUACCCGACAACGAUCGCGCAGGACGAGGCGCUACUGCAGGAAAACAGUCACCACCGGAUACAUCAUCUGCGCCGGUUGCUGAUUGAAUUUCGGCUCCACGAGAAGCGACUGCUUAAUGCCUUCAUCGACGGCUGA